CACAAAUCGACAAAACCUUGACAUUCCUAGAUUGCAAACUUUUAUUCUGAGAUCCAUGGCACAUAACCUUAAACAUUAAACGAUAACAAAAGUUGCUCAAGAAUUAGUUAAAUUUAUUUAUCAAUUAUUUAUAUAAAGUUAUUUACGCAAGUUGGGUUUUAUAAAGGUCAAAUUAACAAUCUCGGUGUUUAAAUAACGCUUGGCAUCUUUUUUGGUCAGCAAAUAAAGAACAGAAAUUGUACAAUAAUGGAUUUAUCUGGUGACCCGAUUGAUUAUAGCAGCCCAUAUGUUAACUAUAGAUCACCUUUGAGUACUCGCUAUGCAAGCAAAGAAAUGCAGUACAAUUUUAGUGACCAAAAAAAGUUUUCUACUUGGCGAAAACUAUGGGUUAAUCUGGCAAAAGCUGAAGCUCAAUUGGGAUUGAAUAUUACAGAUGCCCAAAUAAAGGAAAUGGAGAGAAACAUAUUUAAUAUUGAUUUUAAUGCAGCUGCAGCUGAAGAGAAGUUAACUCGCCAUGAUGUAAUGGCCCAUGUACAUAUCUUUGCCAAACAAUGUCCACUAGCUGCCCCAAUAAUUCAUCUUGGAGCCACCUCUUGUUUUGUUGGUGAUAACACAGAUUUAAUAGUUCUUAGGGAUGGUCUGGACUUAUUACUUCCGAGGAUUGUAUUUGUUAUCCACAAUUUAAUGAAGUUUUGUGAAAAAUAUAAAAAUUUACCUUGUCUAGGUUAUACACAUCUUCAGCCUGCUCAAUUAACUACAGUUGGUAAGCGAGCAACGCUUUGGUUAUAUGAUUUUCUUAUGGAUGAAAGAGCUAUUGCAAGGAUUCGAGAUGAUUUACGAUUCAGAGGAGUCAAAGGAACUACUGGUACCCAAGCAUCUUUUAUGCAACUUCUAAAUGACAGCAAUAAGGUGAGAAUGCUGGAUCAGAUAGUAGCAGAAUUAUCAGGAUUUCAAAAAGUAUAUCCAGUUACAGGACAAACUUACACUCGAAAAGUUGAUUUAGAAGUAGUAGGUGCAUUAUCUUCCUUGGGUUCUUCAAUUCAUAAGAUGUGUAAUGAUCUUAGAUUGUUAGCUAACUUCAAGGAAAUUGAAGAACCUUUUGAGACAAGUCAGAUUGGGAGCUCUGCUAUGCCAUACAAAAGAAAUCCUAUGAGGUCAGAGCGUUGCUGUGCAUUAGCAAGACAUAUGAUAUCACUAUUUUCUAAUGCUGUAAAUACUCAUUCUGUUCAAUGGUUAGAACGGACUCUAGAUGAUUCAGCUAAUAAAAGGUUGACUCUAUCUGAAGCAUUUCUAAGUGCAGAUGCAGCAUUAAUAGUGUUAACAAAUAUAACUCAAGGCCUUAUGGUAUAUCCUAAGGUAAUAGAAAAAAGAAUCAAUCAGGAACUUCCAUUUAUGUCUGCUGAAAAUUUAAUAAUGGCUAUGGUCAAAAAGGGAGGUGAUAGACAAAUAUGCCAUGAGAAAAUUAGAGUACUGUCUCAAGAAGCAGGAGCUCAAGUUAAACAACAUGGUAAAGACAAUGAUUUUCUUGAUAGAGUGCGGGCUGAUCCAUAUUUUAGCCCAAUAAUAGAUGAACUACAAUCACUUCUUGAUCCUUCUAGUUACAUUGGAAGAUCGCCAGAGCAAGUUACUGAAUUUAUUAAUGAUGAAGUUCAACCAGUUUUAUACAAAUAUAAAGAUGUUCUGAAUAAGCAAACUACUGUUAGUCUCAAUAUUUAGUUAAAUAAUUAUUUAUGAAUUGUUAUGAAUAUAAUGUAAAAAUAUUUUGCUAUUUUUAAAUAUAUUUUAGAUAUUGUUAUUAUAUAGAAUACAAUGACUAAAAACCCGAAUAAUACCUGUUGUAAUAUUUGAUUGAAAAUAAAUUCAUUUAUCCAAACAAUACUAGACAGGCAGCUAGACUGCAGAUCAUAAGCAA